CUCUGUUUGUAGGUUAUGUUGUGAGAAUAUACAUGUGGCCUUAUGAUGUGUUGAUUAAUUUAUUGAUUUAAAUUAUAAUUUGAGGAAUAAAAACUUGGUUCUAUCUAUUCAUCAGAAUGGAAGCUGAAACAAGCGUUAUUGGCUUUGGUGAGGAAAUUAAUAAUGAUGUGUCUGAUUUGAAGAAAGGUAACAUCUCAAAUGCUUCCAACAAAAAACAAGGUGGCUUCCAUGUGUUUGGUCUCAGCCAUCAGGUGAUAAAAGGAAUUCAAAAGAAAGGAUACAAAAUUCCGACUCCUAUUCAAAGAAAGACUAUACCUCUGGUACUCGAGGGACGAGAUGUUGUUGCUAUGGCCAGAACUGGAAGUGGUAAAACUGCCUGUUUUCUUAUUCCACUGUUUGAAAAACUGAAACGUCGCUCAAUGAAAACUGGAGUGCGAGCAUUGAUACUGUCACCAACCAGGGAGCUGGCAAUCCAGACGCUGAAAUUUCUGAAAGAGAUUGGCAAAUUCACUGGAAUAAGAUCGGCGAUAGUGUUAGGAGGAGAUGCCAUGGAAUCGCAGUUCUCAGCCAUCCACAACAAUCCGGAAGUGAUCGUUGCCACUCCGGGCCGAUUCCUUCAUGUCUGUGUUGAGAUGAGCUUGAAACUCAACAGUAUCGAAUAUAUCGUCUUUGAUGAGGCUGACAGGUUAUUUGAAAUGGGCUUUGGCGAACAGUUGAGAGAAAUUGUACAGAGGCUUCCAGAAAACAGACAGACACUAUUGUUUUCAGCUACUUUGCCCAAAGUACUGGUUGAAUUCGCCCGUGCGGGGCUGGUUGAUCCAGUUUUGGUCAGAUUGGAUGUUGAAAGUAAAAUACCCACAACCCUUGGAUUAUCUUUUGUUUGUUGUAAUACGGAUGAAAAAGACGCUGCACUUCUCUGUCUAUUGAAACAUGCUAUUCAUCGUGAUUCCCAAACUAUCAUUUUUGCUGCAACCAGACAUCAUGUUGAGUAUAUUUACAAGAUGCUUCAACUUGCAGGCAUAACAAGCACAUACAUCUACUCAAAUCUGGAUCCCACCGCUAGGAAAAUUAAUGCAGCCAAGUUCCAAACGAGAAAAGUUAAAACUCUGGUUGUAACUGAUGUAGCUGCUAGAGGUAUAGACAUUCCACACUUGGAUGCUGUCAUAAACUACAACUUCCCCGAAAAACCGAAAUUGUUCGUUCACAGAGUUGGUCGAUGUGCUCGCGCGGGAAGAGAUGGCCACGCCUACUCGCUGGUGUCGAGCGGUGAGACGUGCUACUUACUCGAUCUGCUGCUCUUCCUCGGUCGGCCACUCAACCUCAUCAAGCCGGGAAAACCACAUGACGAUGAAAAUGCCGUCGGAUCCAUACCCAAAAUUCUCAUCGAGGAAGAAAUUGAAAAAGUCAACAGUCUGUUGGAGUUCAACUCUGAUUUGAGCAGUCAGCUGAGGGUGUCGAAGAACGCGUACAAGCAAUAUCUGCGCUCCAGGACUGGAGCUUCAAGAGAAAGUGUGAAGCGAGUCAAGGAAGUUGAUUGGGCCGAUGUUGGUCCACUCAAAAUAUUCGCUUCUCCUGAUCAAACGGAAAUCGAAAAAGCAAACUUCAUAUCACAAAUGAAACAAUAUCGGCCAAAUGGGACAAUUUUUGAAAUCGGCCAGAACUCCAGUUCAGAAGUCUACACAGUGAUGAAGCAAAAGAGAGAAAGACAUAAGAUGAAAAUCACCAACCAUCAUGAGAAAAAGAACAUAAGAAAUGAAGCGAAUGAACAUCUGAGUCAAAGGCCUGAUAUCACUCUUGAAGGCAGUAAUGUGGACGACAUUGCAUCAACGUUCAAUAAGGUUAUAACUGGUAUGAAAAGAAAGAGAGAAUUCGUCGCAAGAGAACCUGAAAUUGUGGAAAGUAAAAAGAAAGCUGUAAAAGAUGAAAAUUUCAUACCUUAUCGGCCAGCAGAUGCUCAUACAGAAACUGGGUUGGCAGUGAACAACUUCGGGCAAGAGGCGACGAGAGCGGAGCUGGAGCUGACAGGUGACUGUGACGAGGCACUGCGCAGGUCAGGCCGAGCCAAGAAGGUGUGGGACAAGAGGCGUGGCAAGAUGGUCGGUGUCGAUACCAACAGCAAGGUGGGCAAGGUCAGGUCGGAGUCGGGUGCCUGGAUCCCCGCCUCCUACAAGUCGGGCAGGUACGAGCACUGGGUCGAAAGCAACAAGGUUGAUGCCCAGCUCUCCGACCAAUCCGAUAACGAGGAACAGAUUGAUAGCAAGGCCAAGUUUAAGAACAAUAACGUGUACACACAUUGGGGACGUCACAACGCCAAACUCCAGAAGCAAAAGAAGGCAGAUCUGAAGAGGCCAGAACAGAUACUCAAACAAAGAAAACUCAAAGCAAAAAUGGAAAUGAAGAAUAAGCGUAAGAACAAGAAAAAAUCUCGUCGUUAGCCAUGACAAAAUGAUUAAAAGAGAAGUAGAAUCAUUGGAUCAAUAUCAGUUGUAGAUGGCUCCUGAAAUGAGGAACACUCAAAAGCUUCAAUCUAUACUAAGGACCGAACAGGAAUUCUCCCUGAGAGCAAUCAGUAGAACAUGGUGAAAAAAUGAUUUUGUUUAGCCAUAUUAUAGUAGGCCAAAAAUAUAAAAUUCUGACUUAUUUCUUAACA